CUCGGAUUCUGAAAACACAAGCACAUCACUCCAUCAUCAUCCAGCAUGUCAGGCCCUAUCACUGGCACCAGCACUGGCAAUGAGUCCAGCCUGGAGAACGCCAUGCAGCUCAUGAUCCAGACCUUCCACAAGUACUCCGGGAACGAGGGGGACAAGUACACCCUGAGCAGAGGAGAGCUGAAGGACAUGCUCACCCAGGAGCUGGGGAACUACCUGGGGAAUCCCCAGGAUAAGGACGCGGUGGACAAGGUGAUGGGAGACCUGGAUGCCAACAACGACGGAGAGGUGGACUUCACCGAGUUCAUCAUCCUGGUGGGCGCGCUGACCGUCGCCUGCAAUGACUUCUUCCUGGAGUACAACAAAAAGGAGGAGAAGAACGAGGUGAAGAAGGACUGAGCCCUGGCUACAGCCCCAAAAAAUGCUACAGCGGAAACUAUGGAGGAAGAGGAGGAGGAGGCGGAGGAGCAGGAGGGGACACCUCCUCAUACUUACAAACUGUACUCAUCCACGCACCUGUUCAUUACCAGUGGAGGGGGCAGAGGGGCCUGUAUCUUAAAUCCACACAGAAAUUCUAUGCCUACCACAUAGCACAUGCACUGUGAAAUGGAGUGUUCGCUUGACACAUGCAAUAACGCUCAUUGUUGAAUAUGUGAAUAUGUUUUGACUGUUUAUUUUAAUUAAUUUUGUAACCUUUACCGUUUCAUGAUUACCACAGUUUCCUCCUCGUAAGAAUAAAACCAUGACAUUUAA